AUGAGCGGCGCGGGAACGCCAGCGGAGAAGCCGGCCAGCGAGACGACGGUCGAAGUCGCGUGCUAUGCGUCGAUGCCACAGUUCGACAGCUCCAUCCUCGACACCUUCAUCCCGCGCUGCCGCAGGCUCACACAAUUGCAUUUCGGCCGCAUAGUCUCCAACCCGGACGCGCCACAGGCCUUUUCCGAGAAUGUCGGUUUCAAUAUGACGUACAACUUGGUCGAGCCGGGCAAAGGCAACGCGCUCCACACGCACCCUUCCGUCGAGAUUUUCAUCGCCCUUGAUGGGAAGUGGGAGAUUGCUUGGGGGGGGAGGGGGGAGCAUACGACGGUGCUGCAGCCGUGGGACAUGAUUGCUGUGCCGGCUCACGUUCGCCACUCGUACAAGAAUGUGGAGGAGAAGACCGCGAAUCACAUCAUGACAAUCCUCUGUGGGGACGCAUCCAUCACGUGGGGCCCCGAUGUCGUCGCGGAGGCACGCAAUCACGGCGUGCGUUGCACGCGGAGGGGGGAGCUUCUCGGUUUCUGGAGUGGCGAAGAGCUGCAGGAAGAGGCUGGGGCUGAGACGGAGGAGGAUGAGCCGGACGCGUACCACCGACCGAUGAGCAAUCCUGAGAUGGCGCGGCACGUCCGCCGAUUCCGCGACGGGCAGUCGCUCUCGGUGCAGGCAAAGGGCUCGUUCGUCAACGUCUCCUGGCGUGCACUGGCUCAAGGCGAGACGCUGGCGAUUCACUGCAGUCCCCGCGCGGUCGAUGUGCUCCUGGUGGUGCUCGAGGGUUCCCUCUUGCUGACGCGUCAGGGUGGCGAGCUCGUGGCCGUCACAUCGCAGCUCGACUCGGUGCGCGUGUCUGCGGCCGAGGCACAAGGCAUCCUGGCGUGCAACCAGCUUCGCACGCCGUGCACGAUACUCGUCGUCGAGUCGCAGAUGCGGGCGAUCGCCGGCCGCCAGUGCGGCGAAUGGCUCGUUGCAGGCGUUUCCCCGACCGGAUCGAUGGGUGGCGAGUGCUUCGCGCCCGUCGAGGAGGCGUGGCGAGCCAUCGGGGCGCGGGGAGGGCGGAAGGAGCGUCGGAUAGCUUCGGCGACGUUCACGUGCCGUUCGUACCCAAAAAUGGCCGCUGGGGGCGCACGGCUGUUGUGA